UCCUGAUUUGCCUCUGUAUUUUCUUGCCUGAGAUACUUGGUCAGGCAGACAUAUUUAAAUUUGGAACUGUAGGGAACCUCAGCCACUCUGGCCUCACAGGGAACAACUCUGUGAAGUAGGACCCUGACUGAAAUCCUUGUGAUCUACCCUGGUUACUUCCUCUCUUCAAAAUGUUCUGUGGGGAAUAUGCCCAAGGAACCAUCUUCCCAGCUCCAAAUUUCAAUCCAAUGAUGGAUGCCCAAGUGCUAGACGGAGCACUCCAAGGAUUUGACUGCAAUAAAGACCUGUUGAUCGACAUCCUAACACAACGCAGCAAUGCUCAGCGGCAGAUGAUAGCUGGGACCUAUCAGAGCAUGUACGGCAGGGACCUGAUUGCAGAUCUGAAGGAGCAACUCUCAUCUCACUUCAAAGAAGUGAUGGUGGGCCUGAUGUAUCCACCACCAUCUUAUGAUGCUCACGAGCUGUGGCAUGCCAUGAAGGGAGCAGGAACUGACGAGAAUUGCCUCAUUGAAAUAUUAGCUUCGAGAACAAAUGGGGAGAUUUUCCAGAUGCGAGAAGCCUACUGUUUACAAUACAGCAAUAACCUUCAAGAGGACAUUUAUUCAGAGACAUCAGGACACUUCCGAGAUACUCUUAUGAACUUGGUCCAGGGAAACAGGGAGGAAGGCUACACUGACCCUGCAAUGGCUGCUCAGGAUGCAAUGGUGCUGUGGGAAGCCUGCCAGCAGAAGACUGGGGAACAUAAAACCAUGCUGCAGAUGAUCCUGUGCAACAAGAGCUACCCACAACUUUGGCUGAUUUUCCAGGAAUUUCAAACUAUUUCUGGCCAAGACCUGGUGGAUACUAUCAGUGACUGUUAUGAUGGUUACUUCCAGGAGCUACUGAUUGCAAUUGUUCGUUGUGUUCAGGAUAAACCAAGCUACUUUGCUUAUAAAUUAUACAGGGCAAUCCAUGAUUUUGGCUUCCAUAACAAAACUGUCAUCAGGAUUCUAAUCGCCAGAAGUGAAAUAGAUCUAAUGACCAUAAGGAAACGUUACAAGGAGAGAUUCGGAAAAUCCCUCUUUCAUGAUAUCAAAAAUUUUGCUUCAGGGCACUAUAAGAAAGCAUUGCUUGCCAUCUGUGCCGGUGAUGUGGAAGACUAUUAAAAAGAGGGAGGGUUUGAAGAUGAUGGAAUCUUCUUUAUAGACACCAGAUAUAGACGGCUGAACUUGUGCUGUCAUUGACACUGAAACUAAACUAUAAAAUCAUAUCUUCUUAUAUCUCUACAAUUAUUCUGAGACAAAAAUAAAUCUACUAUUGAAAAUAUGUAAUCCUGGAUUUGUAGCCCUAUUCAAUUAGUAA